ACCCUCUCAACCUAAUUCCAUCCCUCUGUCUCUCUCUCUCUCUCUCUCUCUGGCUAUUUAUCAAACACCUCUCUAGUCUCUGUAUAGCAUAACCAUCCUCUCUUUCUUUUUAUCGCAUAACCUAAAACACUGUAAAUUUUAAACUCAACCAGAAAGAUGGGUUUACAAAACCAGCUGAACGACGUUUCUUCUGAAUCGAUCCCGUUGCUCCUCAUAGCACUCAUAGCCAACUGUGUUGCCUGCCUUCGCUCUUUCCUUUUCAGCGUUUUCCACUCCGUGGGCCUUCACCGAUUAGACCAGGCCCACGUUAUGGAUGAUGGGCUGUUGGGUUCGAUCGGCUCUGGCUUCGCCGGCCUCAUCGUGCUCGCCGAGCAGCGUAAACUCAACCGGGUUUUUUCUUACAAGUAUUGUUGCGGUGGUGACAGUAAUACAAAUGAUAAGGGAGGAUCGGAUUGUGUGGUGUGCUUGUGCACACUAAGACAUGGGGACCAGGUGAGGAGGCUUGAUUGCUGCCAUGUUUUUCACAAGGAGUGCUUUGAUGGAUGGCUUGAUCAUCUCAAUUUUAAUUGCCCCCUUUGUCGGUGGCCGCUUGUGUCCGAUGAGCGCGUGGAAGAAACGCGAAGGCGCGUGGGAGCGGAUGUAGUGGAUUGGCUCUCCUUGAGAUGAUGCAUGUGCAUGAUGGUGGUGAUGAUCGUUCGAUGAUGAUAGUUGGUGAAUGAUCUUGUUUUUUUUAACUAGACCUAUUUUUACCCUUUCUAUUUUGAGAAGGUUUGUGGCGGUUUUGACUGGCUGUGAACUUUCUUUUUCAACCCCUUUUCACCCCUUUCUUGGAAUUUCUUAGCUGCUACAUAUUUUUCAAGAGCUCUUGUGUCCUGGAGGCCUUAGGCUUAUUUUCUUCUCUUUUUUGCCGCUGUACAUUUUCAGGUUUUCGUCUGCUCUAAGAGGGCAUUCCUGUGUAAAAAACUACCAUUUGGUUGCUUAAUUGGACGGACCUUCUUCUUAUUUUA